ACUCUCUCUGCUCAUUGUCGAAGAGCAGAGAGUACUGGUACUUCUCUAGGCCGGCCGCUCCGUCGUCUCCGGGUAACCUCUUGCAGAAAUCUGCUCGCGCUUCUUCAUUUUUUCGCUCUUUUCCUCUGGCUAUUCGUAGGCCCCUGGGGUCGUUCUCCCCCCUUCUCACUCUCUGAGUGAUUUGCCAGCCAGUUCUCUCUCCCUCCAUCACUUGUGGGCGUCAACACCCUUUUUCCGCUUGAUGCAAAUCAUAGGGUUAUUGUGAGAUUUCCAGUGAAAGCGUUUUUUUGCAAUAAGAAGAACCUGAAUUGCAAUGACUGGUACUCCUAUUGAUGAUGGCUUUUCAGCCGAUCGACUUUUCAACCAAGGAUACUCCUACACCUAUGAUGAUGUUAUCUUCCUUCCCCAUUACAUAGACUUCCCAACUGACUCAGUACAGCUUGCUACUAAACUCACCCGGAGCAUCAACCUCUCAAUCCCUUGUGUUGCAUCCCCAAUGGAUACUGUCACUGAGUCGUCAAUGGCUGUUGCAAUGGCUGUCCUUGGUGGCAUUGGUAUUAUCCAUUCAAACAACUCCCCUUCUGAUCAAGCUGCCUUGGUCUGCUCUGCCAAGUCCCGUCGUAUCCCCUUCAUUUCUGACCCCAUCAUCAUGUCUCCAUCUGAUUCAAUUGCAUCGGUGUCUGAUUUUGCCUCUUCACCAUGCAUUUUGGUAACUGAGUCUGGGAGUGCAAAAUCAAAAUUGUUAGGAAUUGUUUCAAGGUCUGAUUGGGCUGUUUUGGAUGAUAAGGAAGCUAAGAUUUGUCAUUAUAUGUCACAUUGUUCUGAAAUGGUGCCAUGGAACUAUGAUUUUGAGCAAGUUGCCUCAUUUUUAGCUGCAAAAAAGCUUGAAUAUGUCCCAUUGGUGAGAAAUGGAGUGGAGGUAGUGGAUGUGGUGACAGCAGCAGAUGUAGAGAGGAUUCGGGCUUUUCCAAAGUUAGGGAUGCCAUCAGUGGGGCCCGAUGGGGAGUUCCUAGUGGGGGCAGCAAUUGGGACGAGGGAGCAAGACAAGGAGAGGUUGGAACAUUUGGUGAAGGCUGGCACGAAUGUUAUUGUAUUGGAUAGUUCACAAGGGAAUUCAAUUUAUCAGAUUGAAAUGAUAAAGUAUGUGAAGAGGUUAUACCCUGAAUUAGAUGUGAUUGGUGGGAAUGUGGUAACAGCCUACCAGGCACAGAAUUUGAUUCAAGCUGGUGUGGAUGGAUUGAGAGUUGGGAUGGGAUCUGGGUCCAUCUGCACAACUCAAGAGGUUUGUGCAGUAGGCCGGGGGCAGGCAACUGCUGUCUACAAUGUUUCAUCUAUUGCUGCACAAAGUGGUGUUCCUGUCAUUGCGGAUGGUGGCAUUUCGAACUCUGGACACGUCAUCAAGGCUUUGGCACUGGGUGCAUCUACUGUAAUGAUGGGAAGUUUCUUAGCUGGAAGCAGUGAAGCUCCUGGGGCUUAUGAAUUUAAGGAUGGUCGUCGGAUAAAAAAGUAUCGAGGCAUGGGUUCCCUUGAAGCUAUGAUGAAAGGGAGUGAUGCACGUUACUUGGGUGAUACUGCUAAGCUAAAAAUUGCUCAAGGGGUUGUUGGAGCUGUUGUGGACAAAGGCUCUAUUUUAAAGUUUGUACCUUACACGAUGCAAGCAGUCAAGCAAGGGUUCCAGGAUCUUGGUGCUUCCACUGUGCAGUCUGCUCAUGACUUGUUAAGAUCAAAGACUCUAAGGCUAGAGGUUCGUACAGGAGCAGCACAAAUUGAAGGUGGAAUUCAUGGCCUAGUUUUUUCUGAGAAGAAGUCUUUUUGACAUCUCUAACCUUCCUAUAUUCAUGGCCUGCUGUUGCUUACUAGCUGGUAAAUUAGCAUUCUAUUUUGGUUUUGGAGUAUGAUAUCGUUGGAUGGUAUUCAAAUUAACCAGAAUUCUGUCAUUGCAUGUGGCGUAUACGAGGCUGAGAUAUGAUCUUUUGCAUUUGGAUUUGACAUUUUGGUUGCUGGCACGAGACCAUCCAUUUUCAUUUUGUACUAUUUUGUUUGGUUGUACGAUUAAGGGGCCAGAGGGUUGGUUAUGUAAAACAAUGUAAUGUUUUUUAUACCGUGCGCUUGAUGGGUAGGCUACUAUUUUCAGUUUUCUUAAAGUGAGGCAAUUCCACCAUUUUAUCUAGUAAAUUUACUCUUAAGGUGUUUGUGGUUUGUGCUGUUUUGAAGGGCGAGAAUGUACAGUGAAUAAUUUCAUAUCUGAGAAGAACUAUUUAUAAUGAGAACUGUGCAACCGUUUUUAA